AAGGUAUCAAAUUAAAAUUCAUUAAUGGGCCUUAACCCAUUCUCAAGCUGCUUUAUUCCUACAAAUAUAAUAAGAAACUAGUAGUAUCAACCAGCCCAGCCCGUAACAAGGGCGUGUUUGGGCUUACCAGUCACACUCAAUCAUUCUUCAUUCGUCUCGGUUUACCGGUUUAUGUACAUCCUCCAUUCCCAAAAGAAGUAAAGAAGAAAAAAGCAAAGAAGAAAUGGAAGAAAAUUACAGAACCCUAAAAAUCAAUCAGGAAUCCCCCGAUUCUGGAGUCUUCAAUUUGUUGAUCAACCGUCCAUCUAGAGGCAACGCCCUGUCACGUGAAUUUUUCACCGAAUUCCCGGCGGCUCUCUCAUCCCUCGACCACAACCCUCAAGUCGGCGUCAUCAUCCUAUCUGGCGCCGGCAAUCACUUCUGCUCCGGAAUAGAUCUCCAAACCCUCAAUUCCAUAAACCAGGAUACCCGGUCUUCGGACACCGGACGUACCGGGGAGAAGCUCCGUCGGGAGAUUAAGUUCCUGCAAGGAGCUGUGACGGCGAUUGAAGAGUGCAGGAAACCCGUAAUUGCUGCUAUACACGGAGCGUGCAUAGGAGGAGGCGUUGAUUUAAUAACCGCCUGCGAUAUAAGGUAUUCAACGGAAAAUGCAUUGUUUUCGGUGAAAGAGGUGGACUUGGGUAUAACUGCGGAUCUCGGGUCGCUCCAGAGGCUUCCGGGUAUUGUCGGGUUCGGUAAGGCUAUGGAGCUUGCUCUGACCGCUAGGAGCUUUUCGGGUUUGGAGGCCAAGGAGUUGGGUCUGGUCACCACACUGUUUACCGAUAAACAAACAUUGGACAAAGGGGUUGCUCAAAUUGCUCAAGGCAUUGCUGCAAAGUCUCCGCUUGCUGUGAUUGGAACAAAGAGAGUAUUGAUAAAAAGCAGAGACUUGACAAUGGAUCAAGGUCUCGAUUAUAUUGCAACAUGGAACUCUGGUGUUCUACUUUCAGAUGAUUUGACUCAAGCUAUUGCAGCUCAUCUUCACAAGAAAAAACCCUUAUUUGCCAAGCUCUGACCCUUAUAAUAAAUAUUCAUUCAUCCAUCCUUGCUUGUAUUAUUAAUUACUACUUCUUCUCAAUAUAUAAUAUUAUUUAUAUAUUAUAUAUAUCAAUUUAGAUGGGUGGAUUAACUACU